AUGGGGCAUGGCAAGUUUUAUUCGGCGACAAGUCGAUUUGAUGCUGGAGAAGAGGCUCAAUUGCUGUCGAAGAAAGUGGACUUGCCUCUAGAUGCACUGCCUAGUGUCGAGGAACAGGACCGACUGUUGGAUGCAAUCACUUUGACGACGGAUGUCAUGGAUAAGGAUCUACGAGAGGCACUUGUGAAUGACGAGGCAUUUGAGCAGCUGGACGACAAUUUCAUGAUACAGGCAGCAGAAGAAAAUACAGAGCACGGUACAGCUGAUGAUUUCGACUAUGAUGAACAUAUUGCCAAGCUUAUGAAAGCAGCUAGUGGCGUUACGCCAUUGUACCGCGGUAACCUCACCGACAGCGAGGAUGACGGUUCUAGCGAGGAGGACAAGGAGUCUAGCGAUGAGGGAGGUGAAGAUGAUGAAAAAGUUGAGGUCCCGGGGGAUCGUGACGAGAAACAGCGUGUCCUGGACGAACUCUUUGAAAAGACGCUGGCGGAAGAGUAUGACGACGAGCAGCUGGGCGAGCUGGAAGAGGACGACCCGGAGACGCGUGGCAAGGAGACGCUGGAUGGCGAGCUGCUUGCCGCCGUGGUGGAGGACUAUGCGUUCGUGCAGCAGGAAAUCGCUGACGCCGAGGGCAAGCUGGGCAACCCGCUUCGUACCGGCAACCACCUAAAGCAAGUGCUCGAGGAAUGUGACGUAGAGCGUCGCGCCUACGAGUACGAUGAAGACGCAGAGACAGAGGAGGAAGAGGGUCCAGAAGACGAUGUGGCACGGGGUGAGCGCGAGAAGAAGGAGUUACAGGAACUCUACGAGCGCAAUCAAUAUCUGCAGCGCGAAGAGCACGAGAAAUGGGAUUGCGAGACUAUUGUGAGCACGUACUCGACACUUGACAACCACCCGACAGUGCUGCGAGAAGAGGGUCCGACUCGGCGCAAAAAGAAGAAACAACCAGUGAUUGCAAGCAUCGCAGAGGGCGGCGACAUCUGCAAGCAGAAGGUGACGCUGUCACGUAAGACGGGCAUGCCACUAGGUGUGUUUGAGACGGCAACAUCGACAAUGGCCAAGGCAAAUCGACAGCAGCAGGAACAGGAGAAGACUCGAAGGCAAAAGGGUGAGACGAAGGAGCAGAAGUGUGCACGCAAGGCUGCCGUCAAGAUGAAAAAGAUGGCUCGACGUGCUGAGAAAAAGGAGACCAAGUUGGCGUUUAAGGAGGAGGAAGCAAGACAGUCGACGCAGAUGGUGGCAGGCCGUGUGUCCAUCUUCAAGUAUUAA